AUGGACUCAUUCACCUACACAAACCUACAAAGCAAAAACUCCUUCCGCCUCAUCCUCCUCCAGCCCGGCCAACCCAACGACACCCUCCAAUGUCUCAUCCAAACCCACGACGCAACCACCUCCCCCCCCUACGAAGCACUCAGCUACGUCUGGGGAGAAUCCUCCCAAACACACCCCCUAACAUGCCACGGCAAGAAACUCCUCAUAACUUCAACUCUCGACUCAGCCCUCCGCCGUCUACGCCUUCCCAACGCCCCCCGAUCCCUCUGGGUAGACCAACUUUGCAUCAACCAAACUGACCUCGACGAACGCACGCAACAAGUCCAACUUAUGCGAACCAUCUACUCGCAAGCGGAAAAAGUCCUCAUCUGGCUAGGAAACGACCCCGACAACAGAUCCCCCGGCGCUAAAACCCUCAUCAACCGCAUCAACGCCGUCUGGAACGACCACAUCGGCUCCCUGCGCUUCCCGUCCAACGACCAACUCACCCAGCGCGGGCUGCCAACCCACGAUGAUCCAUGUUGGAAGGACCUUGAAGCGAUGCUCAACCUCCCCUACUUCCAGCGGAUAUGGAUCGUCCAAGAGUGCCGACUCGCCUCCAACCUCACUCUCCUCUGGGGCACGCAGCACAUCCCCUGGAUGCACUUCUACCACACGUACAACUGGAUCGCUAGCAACAGCGGCUCAUACCAAGCCCCUGGUGUAUCUCUAAACAUUCACUCCGAGAUACUAUUCUCGUCGUCAAACUGCGAUGAUCCCGACUUCAGCGACGACCAUGACUGGCUCCACAUACUUAAAGCGACGAGGAUGCAUGGCGCAACUGAUCCACGGGACAAAGUGUACGGUCUCCUAGGUUUAUUCGGCGAGAAAGCCGCGUCCAUAAUCCCAGAUUAUCGCAAGCCUCCUAUACAAGUAUUCGCUGAUUUCGCAACCCGCAUGAUAUCGCAGAUGGAUUCCCUCAAACUGCUCUCCUUUGCACAACUCGCCAAAGAUGAUGUAUUUCCAUUAUGGGCACCACGAUGGGAGUGGGAUCUCCACGGCGACAUGACUUACAAGCCCUUCGAGCACUAUGACUUCCAUGCGUCCAAGAAUCUACACCCCGUUACGAAGCCCUCACUCCGCUGGGACAUCCUCCCGCUAAAGGGCAUCCUCAUCGACGAAAUCGAAUGUACUACCGUCCCCCUAACCGACGGGAUAGUCAACCAGAGCACAGAAAACCUCAUCACCCAAGCAUGGAACCUUCUCGACGCCCAAAAAUCAGUAAUACAAUCCAAGCACACAACACCACAUAGCCUCAUCACCACACUUGUAUGGACCCUCACGGCAGGACAGGCCAUGUAUCCCCAUAUCCUGAUGUACAAGCCCGCUGAAAAGACGCACCUGCUCGACUUUGCGGCCCAUCUGGCGAACCACCUCCUCGACAAGAUGGACCAGGAUGACGAGACACUCAAACAGGGUGGAUGUUUACGCAAAAUUCUCGAACUGGCACUCCUUGCAAGAAAAGCAUACCACGAAGAUACGACGCCAGACCCCAUUCCCGAAUCAUCACGGAAAUGGAUCCACGAAACAAUGACGUGGGCGCACGACGAGCAAACCGCCGAGUUAGCCAUGUCCACAUUCGACAAGGUCGGUAUAGAUGAGGAGGCACACCACCGCUAUCAAACCAUGUUAUGGUGCGUUGUGCCCUGGCGGAGAAUAUUCACCACGAAACAAGGCUACGUGGGGUUAGGAGCACAUGGGAUACAGCCCGGUGAUAAGAUAUGCGUCUUGUUCGGCGGUGCGACGCCGUAUGUGGUUCGGCCGGAUGGGGAUGAGUAUCUGUUCAAGGGGGAGUGUUAUGUGCGCGGGUUGAUGGAUGGGGAGGCGAUAUCUGCGUGGGAGGGGGGAGAAUUGGAGGAGCAGUGGUUUUACUUGCGGUAG